CCCGAGCCUCCUCUCCCCUUCGCGCAGUGCAGUCUUGUCAGUCCAGUCGCCUCUCGCACUCACUCUGCAUGAGUUGCAUUGCGCGAACUUGUCGUGGAGACUUGGCCCUGGUGACUAAGUUGGUUUAGGAAUGUGGUCCUUGGCGUUCAAGGACACUUUCCGUGUGUGAAACUAUGUGCUGCCAUCUCACCAAACUCGGAUACUACUGAAGAACGGAUAUUUCCCACACAUUGGGAAAAGGAGGCCUGCAUGACGUCAACUUGAAGAUUCUAAGGACCUGCAUGAUGAGUCGGAGAAGCCAACCCACACUUCCAGCACUACUGAAGAGGAAGCGCCGCGACACCGAUGAUGGAGAGGAAAUACGACCCCCUGGACCACCACCUCCAGGACAGAUUCCAGAGGUCGCCAUCGACUCAUCACAGGGUGAUGCUCCAGAGAUAAGUAUUCAAGAAACCCAAACUGUUGAAGCACCAAGUGAAGACAGCGUUGUUGUGAUAUCCAGUGAAGACAAGGAAAAUGAAUGUCCACCUACAUUAAGCUGUGACGUACCUAGUGAAGACUUGGGCUGCUUUGAGGUUCCAUCCUCAGGUGAUGAAGCUGGUUAUGAACUAGGAAGUGAAAAUGAUGAUGGUUGUACAGUUCUCAGUCCAGAGCCAGCAAGACAGACUUAUCCUCUAACACCGAUUGACAAUUGCCAUACAUGGAGCAGAUUUCGUGGUUCUUUUAGCCAACCAGGACAGCCCACAGAGCGAGCAUGCCCUCUACCAAAUCUUAAUUGGGCUGAUGAAAAGAAUGUCUGGGAGCGAAUGUGUGCUCAAGAUACAGCAGCUACAGAAAGGCGGAAUCCCGACAUGUUUGACAACCACCCUCUUCUUCAACCUCGCAUGCGGUCUGUUCUUUUGGAUUGGCUGAUCGAAGUUUGUGAAGUGUAUAGGCUUCAUAGAGAAACUUACUAUCUUGCCAUGGACUUUCUGGACCGCUACCUUACCCUCACAAAAGAUUUGCCCAAGACUCAACUGCAGCUCAUAGGAAUCACAUGUCUUUUCAUUGCUGCUAAGAUGGAAGAAAUAUACCCACCUAAGAUCCAAGAAUUUGCAUAUGUGACCGAUGGAGCAUGCACUGAGGCAGAUAUUCUUUCUAAAGAACUGGCAAUCAUGAAGUGUUUGGACUGGCGUCUGAGCCCUUUGACAGUAAACUACUGGCUAAAUACUUACAUGCAGUUGGUGAGCAGCCAUCGGAGGGUGGUUGGGCGACAGCAGCGAUCUGCCGCGCGGGAGAAGUUGGCUCGUCGCGUUAGUCGCUCAAGCCUGGGAGGGCUUUGCUCGUCACCGUUGCAACCUGAAGUACAGACAGCGCACGAAGAGAAUCUUGGAACGUCCUUUGUUUACCCCCAAUUCUCUGGGCUGUCAUUCUCAGAAACAGCUCAGCUGUUGGACCUGUGCACUCUGGAUGCUGCCUGUCUCCAUUUCUCCUAUUCAGUCCUUGCAACAUCAGCUUUGCAUCAUACUGUGUCAAGGGAUAUAGCCUUGAAAUUCUCAGGAUUGCAAUGGCAAGACAUUGCAAUUUGUGUCAAGUGGAUGAAACCCUAUGCUGUAACUCUAGCUAAAGAGGGUGCUACUACUACAUUUCCCUCCCAUAGCUCAGGUUCACCUCACAGUUCUGGACUGACCAAGGCAGUUCCGAACAUAGUCACAGAUGACUCUCACAACAUACAAACUCAUUCUGUGAAUUUGGACAUGCUGGAACAAGCUCAAGCUUUACUUGUUAAAUUAGUUGAAGAUGAAGAGGUGAAGGCAUUAGGUCUACUUACUCCCCCAUCCAGUGGCUGCAAACCUCUUGUGUCACAUGGCUCCAAUUUCACCUGAUACUUAAUCUUCCCAAGCUUUUGUCUUGAGUAGCAAAAGACUGAAACUUAUGAAAAUUAUAUAUUGUUACUCCUGGCAAAGCAUACGACAAAACUGCCAUAAUGCUUAAUUCAUAGUUAGUGCACAUUAUCCAUAGCAACCCUUCCUUGUGAUGGUUUUGCCUCUUCACCAUAAAUGUGUAUCAUUAUGCACUUCUUUGGUAGAGGCAAGUUAAAACGCUUAUUUUUGAGGGUGGCUUAACCUGUGUACUUUUCAAUCUAGUCGAAAGAUUAUUUUCUGACUAAUAAUUUUGUAGAAGAUAUAUUACAAACUGCAGUAAAUGAAUUUUAAUUUCUUAUGAAGCCAGGAAACCUGUUUUUGUAAGGUCAUGUAAUGAUGCUUGUAGAGUUUUGAACCAUGGUGCGGAGUGCAUGGCGUUAUGAAUUUAUGAAGUUAAAUUUCCUCCGUUUUUAUUGAUUUUUAAGUAGUGUAAAUAGCCCCAUGCAUGUGCCUUCACUUUGUUAAAAUCUCAAAAUUUGAUUUAAAAAAAAUGAAAUAAAAUCCAGAAAAAAAAUAAUAAACAUGA